CUCCAUAGUUGACCUCGAACGCAAGGCGGGGCACAAAAUGCUGGAUACUCUCCCUGUAGAACUGCUGUACGAGAUCCAGCUCUUCUCGCUCUCCUCGGCCCUCCCCCUAACGUGCAAGCGACUGCACUCCGUCUUCAAAUGCGCGCCGGCCUCCUAUCAGGCGCAAUACCUCAUGGGCCGCGUCUGCUCCUCCCGCGACUCGGAGAUCCUCACGCGGGCGCUACGCUAUCCUGUCUGCUCCGAGGCCGUUCUCGACAUCGUCUGCAAGGCCCCCAUCCUAGAGCGCGUACCCCAACGCCCGCCCGAGCUACCCAAGCGCCUCUUCCGCGGCCUCGAUCCCUCGAAGAUAUCGAGGCGAAAAUGGACCGAUCGGCACCACCCCCUCCCCUUCCUGCGACAUAUGAUCGCCCGUCUCCCUGUCCCGCCAGACUGCAAUGCGCAUCACGGGUACGCGCUUACGCGCGCCGUCCAUGCCCAGUUCAUACCCCUCGUCGCCUUUCUGCUCGAGCACGGCGCGUCGCCGAAGCACAAGAACGGCAUGGCCGUGCAGGUGGCGAUCCGGCAGCGGAACUUGCCCCUGGUGCGCAUGCUGCUCGAGCGGGAGGGGGGCACGCAGAAGGGGAAGCGGCGGCGGAUGGAGGAUCGGACGCCGGUGACGAAGGAGAUGCUGCGCGUGGCGGUCAAGUCGGACGCGCGGGAUAUCGUCGACUACCUGACGAGGGAGAAGGGGUGUAUACCGGAUAUGCAGACGUUGAUGAUGAUGUCGUCGUCAUAGUCGUUACGCAUGACACUCCCGCAUUUCGAGAGCAAGCGCUGCACCCGUUAGUACACGAUUUCUUUGCUUGCAUGGUGCGUAAAAUACAUUGUUUCCUUCAAAUACAGGGG